CUUGGCUUUUAUUCCAAAAUAUAUUACUUGAAGAUGGAACGUAAAAAUUUCAGUAAUGCAAAUUGUUUUCAUGCUUGAUUCAACAUAUUGCCAUCUAAAGUAGCUCCACUGUCCCAGUGUGGAACUUCCUUCAACACGCUAAUCCUAGAUGGCUAAUUUCAGGUAAAAUGAAGAGCUAUUCUUGCUAUCUACAGUUCAGGGAGCUACACCUGGUAGGUUAUACAACAACUUUGUGCUGAAAUGCUACGGAUUUCUUCAAUUGCAUUUACCAUGUAACAUGCUUGUCUUGUCAGAAGUUGAUCUGGAAAAAGGCAGGUUCUGAAACCCUGUGGUGUGGCUUUUCAAGGGCCUCCGGCUAUCACACAGGUACUUCUAAUGUGCUCUGCAGUAACUCUGCUCUCUUGCAGGUCUCUCAAUUUAUGAUUUUGUUCAUCUUGACUGCUAUCCUGUAUCCUACUUCCCUGCUGCAGUAGUAUUGCUGUAGACAACACAUCCAUUUCUCCUCCAAAGCAUGACUGACUGCUCCUUUAUGACUAUCCUUUUGUGAUGUUACUCCCUCGGUAGAUGCUGUGGCAGGCCUGGGUCUGACUGGGUCAGUCUAUGAAGAAAAGGUAGCUGCAGCCAUUCUGUGGGAAUGGUGGGCUGUAAACACUCUGGCCCAGUCAGUCUAUCAGUUACAGUAAUCUGCGCCCCAACUGCUGAAAGUAACAUCUGGAGAGCAAAACUUUCCGACUCACUUUUUCAAACUGAGGUUGUUUCCCCACCCCCUAUACCCUGAAAGUCUGAAAAAUUGACGCACUAAUAGUUACCACGCUGAGGUUGCUGAACGCUGCCGGCAAGCGUGCUUGUCAGAGCGAGCGGGCGCCCUCCCUGCCAUUCCGGCACCGCGGAAUGGAAUCUCGCAUCCCUGCGGCGGGUCUGGCUGCCCCGCAGCACCGGGAACCGCAUUCUCCCCGUCCCCUACGCUCGUCUGGGCGGAGACAGCGGGCCUAAACGAGCACGGAGAAGGCAGACUCGGCCCUCCCGGCCGCCCGCCAAACCUCCCCCUCAGGCCGGCAGCCAUUUUGGGGAGCGCUGCCCGGCGCUCCCUGGCGGCUGCCCGCCCGCAGAACAGCCGUGAGCGGGCGGCCGCCGGCCAUGAAGUCCGUCCUUGUCACCGUGGGCACCACCAGCUUCGACGACCUGAUCGCGACCGUCAGCUCCCCGCCGGCCCUGCAGGUGCUGCAGAGCCGCGGCUACGGGAAGCUGGUGCUGCAGGUCGGGCGGGGAGCGCUGAAGCCGGCGCUGAGCAGCAGCCCGGCCUUGGCGGUGGAAGCCUUCCGCUUCAAGGACUCGCUGGCCGAGGACCUGGGGAGGGCAGACCUGGUCAUCAGCCACGCAGGUGCAGGUAGCUGUCUGGAGACUCUAGAAAAAGGAAAACCACUAAUAGUAGUAAUAAACGAAAAGCUGAUGAACAACCAUCAACUUGAACUGGCAAAACGGCUCAACAGAGAUGGGCAUGUCCUCUGCUGCUACUGCAGCACUCUUGUGGAGACACUGCGGUUGAUGGACCUGUCAACUUUGAAACCUUUUCCUCCUGGACAUCCAGAAAAGUUUGCUUUGUUCUUGGAUAAAGUUGUCGGGUUUCAUUGCUGCUCCCCCCACCCUCCCCCGGGGAAGAUGCAGAAGGGCUGGAAGAAGUACUUCGGGCAGAAGUCCUUCAGCGAGGUGGCCAUGGACGAGUACCUGGGCAGCCUGGGGCUGUACCGCAAGAUGACGGCCAAGGACGCCUCUUGCCUCUUCCGAGCCGUCUCGGAGCAGCUGUUUUCAUCUCAAAUUCAUCAUGUUGAAAUUAGGAAAGCUUGUGUCUUGUUUAUGAGGCAUCACCAGCAUAAGUUUGAAUCUUAUGUGGAAGGAUCAUUUGAGAAAUACCUUGAACGACUAGGAGAUCCAAAGGAAAGUGCUGGCCAGCUGGAAAUGAGUGCUUUAUCAGUGAUGUACAAGCGAGACUUUAUUCUGUACCGGUACCCUGGAAAGCCAUCCACUUAUGCUACAGACAAUGGCUUUGAAGACAAGAUUUUACUGUGUUGUUCCGGCAGUGGCCAUUAUGACUCUGUCUAUACAAAACAAUUCCAGGAAAAUGCUGCUGUUUGCCAGGCUGUAUUGUAUGAGAUCCUGUACAAAGAUGUGUUUGGCAUGGAUGAGGAAGAAUUAAGGACUGCAGUUGAGGUGUUUCGAAGUGGAUCCAAGAAGAACAGAAACAGUGUCUCUCUAGGAAGUGAGGAUGCAAACUUCGAUUGUCUUCAUGAAAAAGUAACCAGAAAUCCAUCAGAAAUGAGGGUGGAUGACUGGGAAGGCAAUGCUACUGACAAUCCACAGGAAGAUAAAUUCAGACAAGGCAUCGGAGAAGAAAAGCCUCUAGAAAAUCCAUCAAAGAUGCCCGUUCCUUAUAAAGUGCUAAAGGCACUGGACCCUGAGAUUUAUCGAAAUGUGGAGUUUGAUGUUUGGUUGGACAUCAGAAAAGAGCUUCAAAAAACUGACUACAUGGUGUUUGCUGGGAGACAGUACUAUUUAGGAGACAAGUGUCAGGUACGUCUGGAGCCUGGAGGUAAGUAUUACAAUGCUCAUAUCCAGGAAGUCAGACAGGAUGGCAACACGUUGACUGUAUUCGUUGAGGAGCUGGCAGAAAAGCAUACAGUUCCGUUGGCAGACUUAAAACCAGUGACACAAGUGGCACCUGUCUUUGCUUGGAAUAUGGUUCCCAGCCGAAGAGGAGGAACCUAUCAGAAAAUAACAGGUGGAUACUUCUCAGGAAUAGAAAUGGAUAUGAAAGCACGGAAGAGAAUGCUUAAGAAAUUUCGUGGAAAGGAAGUGUUUAUGACUGUGGCUUAUAGCAGGGGUCAACCAGUUCUUCCACCCCGGCUACAGCACCGUAUUCCCUCAGGGCAUGCUCCUCCAGUUUACUGCUCACAGGGUGGUGGAAACAUGGCACCUUAUGAACCCUAUCAUCCUCAGAAUCCUCCUCAGAGGCAUAACCGUGGAUUUGGGAUGCCAAGGGGAUCUGCCCGAUUUAUAAACAGGCACAACAUGGUUGGCCCUCAGAUAGCUUUCUACCCCAGUCCAGGAAAGAGAUGCUAUCAGAGCUAUGACAAUUUCUCCUUCAGGUCCUGCUCGUACAGCCGUAGCCACCGUCAGAUGCAGUGUGUCAAUAAGGAAUGUCAGUAUGGGUUUGUACCAGGGAAUGGCGAGGAGCCUCAGGGGCCAGAAGAAAGGAUAACUUUCUAUGAAAUUGAAGGAGAGGAUGCUGCUGCUUUUCCUACUUUACCAAGCCAGAGUAGCCCUGCUCCCAUUGUCCAUGGUCCAGCAGGAUUUUGGGUACCAAGGAGAGGCCCAAACUCUGUUCCACCUAACAAGCCAAUCCUGAGUUCCUCAGAGGAGGAAGAAACAAGUGAAAAUGGGAAAUUUCAUGAAGAAUAUAUCUAUGCACCUUCAGAACCCGACUGUGAAGCUGCAACAGUAUUUAGUUCAGCAGAACGUACAGCAAGCUUGGUGAUGGUGAACUCUGCAGCAAUCUCAACCUCAGUAGGUGUUUAUGCUGCUCCAGCUACGGGCUUCUCCUCACAUUCUGCUGCCUCCACUCCAGCCAGUAUCACAACAGCAGUUUCCUCACAAACAGCAGUUCAGCCAGUCAUAGUAUCUCCCCUUUCUAUAGGGAGGCCAGCUGUGUCCUCAGUGCCAUUCCCAAUUUAUUCCACUCCUCUUCCUCCAGUCAGUGAGGUGGGAGAAGCUGGUGCCGUUCUUCCACCUUAUUCUUGUGAUCCCAGUGGCAGUGAUCUGCCUCGAGAUACAAAAGUCUUGCGGUAUUAUUUUAAUCUGGGAUUGCAAUAUUAUCAUCAGAGCUAUUGGCCUUCCAUGGUGUAUGUACAGCCAGUGCUGCCACCAUCGCCUGUGGAAGUUUAUCCAGCCUAUCCUGAUCCAGCUCCUGUCCUAGACCAGUCGGUACCUCAGGUCUACACUGAUGCUGGGCGAACUGACGUCCACCAGGUUCCCUUGGUGGAAGCCCCUGCCAACGGUAACUUUCAAAAUGCAGAGCCUCCACCGGUGUCCUACGGGCCAGUAUAUUACCCAGUCAUGUCGGACCCCUUCAGCCAGCAACCUCUUCCUGGGUUUGAUUCUUUAGUACCUGCCUAUCGCUAUGUUAGUACCUGGCAUCCUGUAAAUCCACCCUAUGGAAAUUCUCCUCAAAUUGCGAAUGCUGUAAGUUCUGGACCAGUGCACCAAGUCAGCUAUAUUGCCUCACCUAACCCUCAUGACGUGCCUCAAGGAAUGUAAACCUGGGAGCUGUAAGGUCACUUCUUUCCCUUGGUUUCUCUUGUUUCUUGUUUGUCAACUCUACGUAAAUACUGUUUCGUAAAUGUUAUCGUGUCUUAGUGGGCUGUGUCAGUUGAUUAAACUGCAUUCAAAUUUCACUUUUCUCUUCGCAUUUAUGCUUGUGAUAGUUGACUUGACAAGGUGUUUUAGUCAAUUACACAGAAAGCAUAGGGAGAGUAUAUUCAAACUAUAGUGGAGGGAACACAAAGCUUGAAUUUGACUACAUAAAGUAUGUCUAAAACCAUACUAUCAUCAGAGGAAGUAUGCAUAAUCUAAUUCUGAGGGGUUG